CCUCCUUCGCCCUCCUCCCUCCCCCGGGAUAAAGCGGCGGCCCGGGCGCCGCGGCCGGUCUCUCCCAAGCCGGUCCGGUCGGGUUAUUAUGGCAGCGCUUGGAGCCCUAGUGAAGAAAGUGUGGAGUAUCCGCCGCUACCUGGUGCUGCUCUGCACCCCGCUGGUGCUGCUGCCUGUCCUCUUCAGCCUGCCCCCCAAGGAAGGAAAAUGCCUCUACGUAAUUCUGUUGAUGGCCGUAUACUGGUGCACCGAAGCUCUGCCCUUGUCUGUGACUGCUCUACUUCCCAUAAUUCUCUUCCCCUUCCUCAGUGUCCUCCCAGCCAGCAAAGUUUGUCCACAGUAUUUUCUAGACACCAACUUCCUCUUCCUGAGUGGUUUGAUCAUGGCGGCUGCCAUUGAAGAGUGGAAUCUGCAUCGCAGGAUCGCACUGAGAAUCCUUAUGUUGGUGGGAGUCCAGCCGGCCAGGCUUAUUUUAGGAAUGAUGCUAACAACUUCCUUCCUGUCCAUGUGGCUGAGUAACACAGCCUCCACCGCUAUGAUGCUGCCCAUUGCAAUGGCUGUUCUGAAGAGCCUCUUCGGAGACAAGGAAACAUCUCGGGAUCUCAAGAGGGAAAAUGAGGAAAGCCAAGCCUCUGUACAUCAGAAUAAACUUCACGCAGUGCCAACUGAGAUGCAGCUUCUAGCAAAUGUUGAUGAAAAAGACUUGACAGAGGAGAAGGAAGUCACAAUUGAAGUUUCCUCAGACAUACAGAAGGAGGAAGAGCACAAGAAGAAUGUAUGGAAAGGCUUCCUCAUUUCGAUCCCUUAUGCAGCCAGUAUUGGUGGAACAGCGACGCUGACAGGAACUGCCCCAAAUCUCAUUCUUUCAGGACAACUCAAGAGCUUUUUUCCAGGGUGUGACGUUGUGAAUUUUGGCUCUUGGUUUGUGUUUGCCUUUCCCUUAAUGCUGCUGUUCCUUUUUUUCGGAUGGCUCUGGAUCUCAUUCCUUUAUGGAUGCAUUAGCUUGAGCUGGAGAAAAAAGAAAUCGGACAUCAGAGCUGAUGCAGAAGCCAGAGCCAGGACAGUAAUAAGGGAUGAUUAUCAGAAGCUGGGACCAAUAAAGUUUGCUGAACAGGCAGUAUUUGUACUUUUCUGCUUAUUCGCAAUCCUGCUAUUCUCUAGAGACCCUAAAUUCAUCCCAGGCUGGGCAAGCUUAUUCACACCAGGGUUUGUCACCGAUGCUGUAACUGGGGUCACAAUAGUGACGAUAUUGUUCUUCUUCCCAUCAAAAAGGCCGUCCCUUAAAUGGUGGUUUGACUUGAAAGCGCCAAACACAGAGAACCAACCCUUGCUGUCUUGGAAAAAAGCCCAAGAAAGUGUACCAUGGAAUAUAAUCCUAUUGCUUGGAGGAGGUUUUGCCAUGGCAAAAGGAUGUGAGGAGUCUGGCUUGUCUGUCUGGAUUGGAGGCCAGCUUGACCCCCUGGAGAACCUUCCUCCUGCUGUAGCUGUUAUUCUCAUUACGGCAGUGAUCGCGUUAUUCACAGAAUUUGCAAGUAACACAGCCACAAUCAUAAUCUUCCUGCCUGUCCUGGCAGAACUGGCAAUUCGUCUGAAAGUGCAUCCCCUCUACUUAAUGAUACCAGGAACCAUAGGGUGCUCAUUUGCUUUCAUGCUUCCAGUCUCUACACCCCCAAAUUCAAUUGCCUUUGCUUCUGGGCACUUACUGGUUAAAGAUAUGGCAAGGACAGGUCUGCUUAUGAAUCUGAUGGGAGUUUUGUUUCUGAGUCUGGCUAUCAACACUUGGGGCAUGAGCAUCUUUCAGCUGGGCAGCUUCCCUGACUGGGCCAACAUCCAUUCAGAAAACACUACCCUGCUGGUGGGUGUGCAGAACGUCACUCUAAACUCAAUGAGUGAAUUAUGAACAGAACAACCUUGUUGCGGGAGGAGCGCUCCCCCUUCAGAUUUGGGUACUGAAUUAGAUCCACAGCAAGUACAAGAACGCACAGGUGAUGGCAUAGUUGAUACCCCUCCUUAUACAGGACUGCCAUGUUCCUUUUAUGUUCGUUUUUAUAAAUAUUGGUGAGUACUCAUUGGAUAAUCGUUUUGUGCCUUGGAAGACUCUCUCCACUUUCAUACCAAAAACCUCCCAUCAGGCAGUUCUUAGGUAGGUUUAGACCUCAGUGCUGCUUUGAAUUCCACCCUUUGAGUGUGAAUCGUAGGACACUGUGUGUAAAUAAACAGUGACAGUGAACUGCAAGCCCUCUGCAAGUAGCUGCAGCAGAUUCUG